AUAGACAUAGAGCUAUUAAUUUGUAGGACUCUCUGCUCUUGCUCUGCUACUCUAAAAAUGGUGCUCAAGCUGCAUGGAUUUCCUGUAUCUCCCUGCACGGCUCGCGUAGAGGCUUGUCUCCAUGAAAAAACUCUCGAAUUCGAGUUCGUCCCAGUUAAUAUUUUGGGCCUUGAAAACAAGCAGCCUUCUUUUCUUGCCAAGAAUCCCUUUGGCCAGAUUCCAGCAUUUGAAGAUGGCGACGUCACACUUUUUGAGUCCAGAGCAAUCACAGCAUAUGUAGCUGAAAAAUUCAAGGAAACUGGAUAUGAUCUCAUUAGGCACGAAAACUUGAAAGAAGGUGCAUUGGUGAAGGUAUGGAUAGAAGUGGAAUCUCAACAAUACCACCCAGCAAUCUGCCCCAUUGUGUAUGAGUUUUUCGGGAAGCCUGUGGUGGGCUGUAAGCCCGAUCAAACAGUAAUCGAUGUGAGCUUAGAGAAGCUCGAGAAGGUGCUCGACGUGUACGAGACCAGGCUGAGCAGCAACAAGUACCUUGCUGGUGAUUUCUAUAGCCUGGCUGACCUUCACCACUUCGCUUACACUUUUUAUUUCAUGAAGACUCCUUGGUCUUCAUUGAUAAACGAUCGUCCCCAUGUUAAGGCGUGGUGGGAGGACAUUUCAGCUAGGCCUGCCUCUGUCAAAGUGGCUGAGGGCAUGAAUUUUGGUGAAGUUGAAAUUAAAUGAGUGCUUCUUCUAUCUAUGUAUCUGUCUGGUGUGUUUUGGAUAUGGAACAACUUAUCCCCAUUUAUUGUAGCAGAAUAAUUUAAUACAAAA